AUAAAACCAUUGAGGAUGAGGACCUCAGAUUUCCUUUGUUAUAUGGAGAAGGAAAAAAGGCACGAGUGAUGGCCACCAUAGGAGUGACACGUGGUUUAGGAGACCAUGACCUCAAAGUCCAUGACUCCAACAUCUAUAUUAAACCAUUUCUGUCAUGCUUUCCAGAGGUGAAAGUGUAUAAAUUGACACAAUAUGAGCAUGGAGCAGAUGAUGUGUUGGUGAUGGGAACUGAUGGCCUGUGGGAUGUCCUUUCCAAUGAGGAAGUAGCAGAGACUGUCACCUCAUUCCUGGUCAACUGUGAUCCUGAUGACCUUCACAGGUACACAAUGGCAGCCCAAGACCUGGUAAUGCGUGCCAGAGGAGUUCUCAGGGACCAGGGCUGGCGAAUCAGCAAUGAUCGACUUGGCUCUGGGGAUGACAUCUCUGUUUAUAUAAUUCCCCUGAUGUAUGGUAAUCGUCAGCUGUAGUGUAGGGUACUGUUAAUGUACGUUUACAUUUCCUUCCUCCCCUCACUUUUUGGAUCAGUACAAUGAUCAGUAUAAUAUGAUAUGCUGUAGUAACAACCAUCAGUUUUUACUACACUUGGAACUUUUUAGAUGUUUUGUUUGUUUGUUUUUAUCCAUAUUCUUGUCUCUUCUGAGGAACUAUAAAGCACUUUGAUAUGGAGACAUGAGAAAAUGACAAUAGCCUAACUGACAAUAUUGAUAUAUGAAUUUGCCUGACAUACUGUAGUAGUAAAUAUUUCUUAAACGCUCAAUGUAUUUUUGUUUUGUUCAGUUUUUACUGUAUCCAUCCAAAGUUGCACUGUUAUAGUGUUUUCAAUGUAGGUUUGACACCCUUCCUGUCCUCUAUAGCAGGUUCCCAACAUUUUUCCAGGACAUCCCUAUUUUAACAUUCUAAAUCCGUAAUAACUCAACCAACCCCCAACAUGUGUUUAUAAAUGCUACUUUAUUAGGUAUUAAACCAGCCACGGCUCGUCUGUAUAGGCAGUUGGGGCAGUGCUCCAGUUAAGUGAACUGGGUAUAUUAAUGUUUAAUGCAUGAGUUCAGUAGACAGAUUUGCUAUGUAAUUAUCAUACUAAGUGGAGCAGAGCAUGCCACUGCCCUCCCGAGCUCAACAGCGGCCCACAUUUUUCCAGUGUAAAUCUGUGAUGAAAAAUGGAAAUGCAGUGUGCUGUAAUUUAGAGCCAUAUAGGCAGAUAUGAGUCUGCCCUGCUUCUUUUUAUGUUACCUUUCAUAAACCUUCUGGACCAAUCAAUCUGCUUUAACAAUGUGUGAAAAUCACUCUGAAUCAUUUCAGCAGUCAGCUUGUGAAUAUGUUUUUUCUCCUUUAAUAUAGUAGGUGGUGGGGGAUGAAGUUAA